AGGAAAAGAAAAGAGAGGAGUUCGUCGAUUAUUGGCGAUAAUUUAAUAGAGGUUAAUAAGAAUUCUCGGAUAUCCUGGAGGAUUUAUACAAGAAGAGUCGAGAGGAAAGAGCGAAGAAAACAAGUAUAGAAGAAGAUCUGUCGUUCGUUAGAAAGAAAGAUCGGAUUUCUUUCUGAUUACGGUUACGAUAUCGACGCGAAGAAAUAAGAGUAAGAUAAUUUCGAUCAAUUCUGGACAACUGACUCAAUGUUCUGAGUGGGCCUCUUGUUGAUUAUACGCGCUAAUGGAUAGUAAUCGAUCUAUCAUCGACUUUCGUUAGUUGGAUAGAUGUUGCCGAGAUUGUUUGUUAUAUCUGUUAGAUUUGAUGAAUAAGACGAAGGAACGAACGAAGAAGAAAAACGGAACAAAGAGAGAAACGUAUUAUUAGCGAGGGAACUGAAAUUAAUUGGAUUACAGGAAUGAUUAGUUAACCGAAUUAUAUCGUAUUUCUAAAUAUUCUUAUCGAUAUUUGUUAAUCGAAGAGAGUGAUGAAUUAAUAUUAAGGCCUAACUAAGGAUUUAAGUUUGAUAACGAUCCUCUCAAGUGUCGUCGAUUACGAGAUAGAGAUUCGGUGAUAAUUCGUUGAGAAGGUGAUUCAUAGAUGUACUUAGCGCAAAGAUAACAGCCUUGAAACUUUUCCACGCGGAUCGGAAGACCAAGCCGAGCGAGCUAGGCAAGAUGCUCUAUGCCCGACAGCGUGACUACAGCUAAAAGGUCGUGAUCGAUCGACUUACUUCGAUGGCCUAAAAGAACUUUAAACGUGCAAGGUCAUUAUGCAUAGCGAUAAAACGGGAACGUUAUAAGGCACAGACAAAUUGGUCGGUUCGUUUGACUGCUAAAACCGACACUGACCGUGUCACUUGAAAUAACGAACAGCAAACAAACUUUCAAAUCCAUUCCACAAUCUCUGAAAGAGAAUUUAUUAAAGACAGGACACUGUUCGUAACAGGUCAGAUGAUGCGAUAGCAGAAUAUCCGACGAUUUGCACUAUGUCGUGUCAAGGAUACUCGAAUGAUCAGGAACUUAUUGGCAUUAGCGAAAUGUGCCGCGUUGAUAGCGAGAUCUCUCUCGAGUUUUCACAGAAUUUCCAUGAGACUUCAAAGGCAUCGUCGUGUUUGGCAGAGCAACGAUAACGGAGGAUCGUUUUGACGAGGUCCAGAUCUAUUUCAUUUCGAGAGUCUAAAGUAACAACUUAUCGGACUGAUACGAUCAACAAAAAACCGUAAAAACGUAUCGUUCACUUCCACAUGGUUCUAAGCAGUGUGCAUUUUAAAUCCUCAUCCGCUCAACGAAAAGCGAAGCCUCCUCGAGCUUUUUUAAUACAUUCAGCUCACCAAAAAACACCGUAAAACUCCGUGUUCAUCAAAUGACGCAGCUCGCUAAAUGAGAUUACCGAAGCAAAUUGUUGUGCUUCGAUCGAACGGUCCAAAGAUCUGCUACUUGCUCUCGAUGCGAGAGGUGGCUCGAAUUGCGAUCGAGACUACCCCUGACCCCUCUGUAGCCAAGGGACAAAAGCUGCCGUGGCCGACGCUCGAUGAGUCCUAGUGAAGAUAAGGAUCCUCGAGAACCCUCGAUCGUUUCCCUGGAACGGCUGAAGAAGCUCCGGUUGGCACCUAUUUGAGAGCGGUCGGGUGAUGCGCGGGAGCAGCUCUGAGCUCCUGCUGGAGGCGAGCUGCGUCCAGUGUCAGAGCGAUCAUCACGCCGACCAGCACACCAGCACCAGGCAUCACCAACAGCAUCAGGUGAACGAGAAACACGACUUCCAGGAGCAGGAGCUACGUCGUCGCAAGCUGUUGGAGCUCGGGUUCGGCGCUUCGCGGCGCCGACCGCCACGGCGUACCUGCCGUCAGCGGUUCAAUUUUUACGCAACGUCGGCGUUGGCCUUCGUCGCGACAUCCGGUGGCGCGGCCUUGCUAUUCUUGGUGCCACUUUACGUCGAUCCGGCGAUCAGCACUCUGGCCGCCGAUUUCUCGCCGGAUCCGGUCAUCUGCACCACCUCCAGACGGGAGGAGUUGGCCGGAUUGUUCAAUUGUACUUGGAGUUCUUGCCGCGAGGGUUGUACAAGCGACGUUUACAGAUGUACGCAUAUAUACGUCACCUACACACCAUGGAGCAACACGAGCAUGAAGAACGACACCGGGGGUAGAGGCAACUCGACCGGCAUCACGCACACCUCGACCACUUCCGUGCCGACUCCCGGCGAUGUGGAGGCGGUGCUUCUGGUGAACAUCAAAGGGUGCGGCUAUCCGCCGAUCGUCGACUGCGAGAACUUCACCCGCAAAAUGGGCUACGAAGGCGCGAAAUUUCCCUGCCAUUACAGCCGUGUGAACGGCAGCAUAGUGAUGGCGAACUAUAACCGCGAAGCGCAGGUCACCACCAUCAUACACUUCUUCGCGGCGCCUUUCGUAGUGACUCUCGCGACCAGCGUCGCUCUGUGUGUGAUGCACUGUGACUGCAGGUGCAGCCCACCCCCACGCCAUUCAUCGCGAGGAAUCAGAAGAGGCAGGGGCAACGAUCUCAGCGAUCACUCGAUAAGCAAUCGCGUGGAUCGACGGGGUCACCCAACGCACUGCGAGUGCGGCGAAGUGACCAGGCCUUUAUGACGACGUGAGGAAACGGCCGAGAGUGCCCUGGCCACGUCGCAAUCUGACUUUUAGGCCUUGUCCCACUCACUUCCACACGUCCCGCUCUCGGCCGUUUCAACCCUCUCGAAAAUCCUCCCUUUCCAUCUAUCCAACUCAUCGCACCUUGUACGUAACACACCUGAUCCUAUCCUUCCACUAGCAUUCCACACGACCUAUAUAUACACGUAUAUAUGUACAAAACGACAGUGUACAAGCACCGUGCAAGAAGCGGAGCGAGCCAACAGGUAUAGAGAGAGAAAAAGGAAACGAUCUCUCGAAAGUGGACGAGGAAUUUUUAUUUUUAAUAUUAGAAGGUUAAUUUGUGCUAGAGCACAAUUAUUCUGAGAUAGUAAUUCGAGGUGAUGAUAAUUAGAUAUAAAUUGAACUGGAGGAAGAGGAGUUUUGUAAAAUGUGCACUCGAUGAAGAUUAAUUUUUAAUUUUUUAUUUUUAUUGGUUUUCUUUGUUUUCUGCAGUAGUCUUUAUAUAUCUAUUUAAUUUACUAUUUAUUAUUUUGAGAAUUAUUAGACUUCAGUUUUCAUUUUAAUUUUAGAAGUAGUUUUAGGAAGUACGUCGUUAAUGAUGAUAGGAGUAUUUGUAAAUAAAAGAGGAAAUUUGAUUUUGCGAGAAUGAUAAUGAUUAAAGAUAGAACAGAGUUCGUUAGUCUUAUCUCAGGAACAAUAUAAAAUAGCUUGAAGGAGUCCUAAAGUGUCUUACUUAAUUUUUACUAAAGGAGAAAUGUUCCUCCUUCACUUCGGAUUUGAACUCAAAAGAAGGAUUGUACACUAUUAAAUGGAAUGAAAGAGAAUUGUGGAAUGGUUUUUAGAUAUAUUAGUAAUUAAACAAAGUUCAAAUAGAUUUAUAAUAUAAAUAAAUUAUUGAAUUCUUGUUUGUAAUUUUUCAAUAAUUUACAACAAUUCACAAUUGAAAAGAAAAAAUAAUAUAAUAGAAAAUUUAUCCGCUAUAUAGAAUGCCUUAUACAGAUUUCCUGUUAUUAUUUUAUCUCUAUUUUUAGAUAUGAUAUAUUAGAAUAUAUAUAUCUAUGUCCAAUCUUCCUUCAAUUUCUCCCUCUAAUGCAGAGCUAAAAAAGACAAUAAAGAAAACGUACAGAAACUUCUGCAUAUUAUUACAUCACCUCAAUAACUAUUAAAUCAAAGCUCGAGGAUAUUGAAUAGUCUAGGAUAAAAAAUAAAUUUCCAUUUUAGAUAGUUUUCAUUAAAAAAAUACUUAUUUCGAGUGCCAUUUUACAAGUGUCCCAUUUUUCGUAUCUUUUGUAUAAAAUUGUGCUGCAAAAAAGAAUAUAGUUUUCUGU